AUGUCCAAAUUCUUACAACCUUCUUCCACGGAUAGCACCGUUGCUCCGAUCAUGACUCAAAAUGGCGAAGAAGAGACUAAGGUCGUUUCUACCCCACGAAAACCCUCCAAAGGUGGCUGGAAUUCUGCCAUCUUCAUUAUCUUUGUUGAAGUGGCUCUGAGAUUUGCCUACUAUGGUUUGGCUGGUAACCUCAUAACAUACCUCACAAAUGAUCUUCAUCAGUCCAUUUCUACAGCCAUCAAGAACGUCAAUACAUGGGUUGGCGUCUCAGCAAUCUUCCCCAUAUUUGGAGCAGUUGUAGCUGAUUCUUUACUUGGCCGCUUCAAGACCAUCCUUCUUGCCUCAGCUAUUUACUUCAUCGGGAUGGUUCUGCUGACCUUAUCUGUCUCUGUAAUUCCUACGCAUUACCAUGAGGCUGUGUUCUUUACCGCUCUCUACAUACUAGCUAUUGGUGAAGGUGGGCACAAGCCAUGUGUGCAGACCUUCGCGGCAGAUCAGUUUGAUGAGGAGAAGCCGGGGGAGAAGGAGGCCAAGAGCUCAUUCUUCAACUGGUGGUACUUAGGUAUAGUGGCUGGCGCAUCUUCAGCUGUAUUGUUGGUUAUUUAUAUCCAGGACAAUGUCGGGUGGACAGCAGGAUUUGGAAUGCUGACAGGAGCAUUAGGGGUGGCAUUGUUUAUAUUCUUAAUAGGAAUUAAGAAAUACAGGAAACAAGCUCCAGUUGGGAGCCCUUUCACAAUGGUGGCACAGGUGUUUGUGGCAGCCAUGCGGAAGCGGCGGCUGCGGCGCGUGAUAGAGACGCACCAAGGCGGGGGCAUAUGUUAUGAGGCCGGUGGGACCGACAUCGAGGGUCAACCCCGGAGUCGAACUCUGGCAGCCACUAAUCAAUUCAGGUUCUUGGACAAGGCGAUGAUCAUUGACAAUUUGGAUGCCUCAAGCAAACCAAUAAACCCUUGGCGGCUAUGCUCACUCAACCAAGUGGAAGAAGUGAAGCUUGUCCUGCGACUUCUCCCCAUUUGGUUAAAUUGCUUAAUGUUCACUGCAGUAUUAGUUCAAACGCACACUCUUUUCAUCAAGCAAGGUAGCACAAUGAUCAGAUCAAUAGGACCAAACUUCCAAGUUCCACCAGCAUCAUUCCAAAGCCUCGUAGGCCUCACGAUCCUCUUUACAGUCCCAAUUUAUGACCGCAUAUUCGUGCCUGCAGCAAGAAAACUAACCAGACACCGCUCCGGUAUAACUAUGCUGCAAAGGAUUGGCAUUGGCCUCUUUCUGUCUAUAGUUGAAAUGGUAGUAGCAGCUGUAGUAGAGUUUAAAAGGGUUAACAUUGCAAGACAACAUGGCCUAAUGGACACCCCGAAAGCAACAAUACCAAUGAGUGUCUGGUGGAUACUUCCGCAAUACAUGAUUAGUGGAAUCUCAGAUGUGUUCACGGUCGUUGGAUUACAAGAAUUGUUCUAUGAUCAAAUGCCGGAAUCGAUGAGAAGCAUGGGAGCUGCAGCACAUAUAAGUGUGAUUGGAGUUGGGAGCUUUAUCAACACUGCUAUUAUAACUGUGGUGCAGGCAAUUACAGCAAGGUCUAGUGGCAUUUUGCUUGGUGACAACCUUAACCGUGCUCAUGUUGAUUACUUCUACUGGAUCUUGGCAGCAUUGAGUGCUGCAAAUUUUUGUGUCUAUUUAUGGGUUGCUCAUGGUUUUGUAUACAAAAAAGUUGAAGGUGAGGAACAACAGGAAGGCAAGGAAUUGGAAUUUGCUGAACAGGUAGAUGCAAACACAUGA